AUGACAAAUGAAACAAAAAUACCUAGAGAACGAAAGAGAAAGAAGAGUAAUAAAUUGCUGGCAUUGGUUAUCAACUGGUUUUACAAUUACGAAACCGGUUUGAAUUGCCUACGCGUUGUUGUUGUUGCCGUUAAUCAAUUUGCAGAUCCUGCAGGAUCUCAAGGAUUCCGGUUAUAUCUGGAAGCGGGUCAACUUGCGUUUCAGCUGAGAACGGAAACUCGCUCUUGGACUAUAUCUGCUCCAUUUGUGAAAACGUUGAACCAUUGGAUCAAUAUUGCUGUUGUUUGGGGCAAAGGUACUGAAACAUUAACCAUUUACGUCAACAGAACGGUGCUAGCUGAGAAGAACCGUUACACUGGGGAUAGUUAUGUCGGUACCUCUCAACUUUCGUCCGCGAUUCACCUGGGCUGUGAGAAGGAUGAAAAUGGAAAAGUGGAUACAACAACUAUGGCAAAAAAUUUUGAGAUUGCAACCGUCUCCCUGUGGUAUUGGCCGAUUCAAUUACCACAAUAUUUGACAGGUGGUCUAGAACUUUAUCUUUUUGGUACCGAAUCUUCGAUCACAACUACCGCUGCCCCGGUGAUCGACACAUUACCCUUCAGAGACUUUUCGAGUGAAAUGGAAGAGUAUCAACCACCGGCUGAUCGACAGGCCCUACCGAAUCCGAUAUACGCCGCGGCAGACGUUUACCUACCUAUGAAUGCUGCAUUAAAGCCAUCGGACUGGUCAGGAGUCACAUUGGUGAAUGCUGAGGGAAGAAAUAGACCGGCCUAUCUGCUUAGUUCGACUACCGGUUAUGCUAAACUGUUCACUUUCAAAGACAACUCUUGCCCCGUGGUAUUAUCCGCAUGUGUGGACGGAUUUUCGAUCGGAUUCUGGGUUCGGCUCGAUCCGCAAACUAAGAGCAACAAUGAAAUAUGGGAUUUAUUCGAAGUUGUUGGUGCUUUCCGAAUCGUACUGAUCAAAGGACAGUUUAAUGUGGUCUUGAAUGUAGACGGGAAUAUCCUGGCUUUUCGUGGAACAGUCAUGCCUCCUACCGCUAUCUGGUUCAACAUUGGCUUUACAAUAAACCGUCUUCCACGAUGGUCGGUAGACGCCUAUAUAAAUGGUAAUUGGGUUGCGAUGGGUCCCGUGGUUGCACCAGCCGAAAGAACCAAUCUACGUUCUGGGACAUACACAAAUCUUCUUCUGUUUGGUGGGCUGAGCGUGAAUAGUUCGGCUUUCCUGGUUUCGGCGAAUGAUUUGACCAUUGUUUAUCGGGCAUUGAGAAAGUAUGAACGUCAUCGAUUUGUCGGAUACACACGUACGCAGCUUUCUAACCUUGAAACAGCCACCUAUUAUUGGACACCGGAUGUGUACAUUCUGCAAGAUGCGGAUUCCCAGAUCGCAGCAAGACAAAAUAUGAAUCAGCUGAGCAAUUCCGCUGGAUCCUCGGGCACCGGAGUGAAUGGAUUCUGUCUGGCAUCAUUGUACAAAUCCAAAAAGGUGGACUAUCGGGUUCGCAGUUUGGAUCAUUGGGGCAAAUCGUGGGUUCCUAUAUUCGACAUGAAAUCACAACAAUAUAUGCUUUUAGGUCGACAAAAAAGCAGCACAGUUACUCUGGAUGAUUUGACGUGGAAUGGGCAGUGUCUAUACGAUCCGAGUGGAUCGCUUUGUGGAGCUCGGGGUUUCACCGUGUCCAUGUGGAUCAAGCUAUACUCGAUUAGUGCCACCAGGCUGCGUUUCUAUCUGAACUCAGGCGAUUCGGGCACGUCCAAGCUGACCAUACAGGACAAUCGUGGUGUGACCAUUUUUAGUGAUGCCUCUCUAAUAGGAGUCUCGAUAUCUCAAUAUUACACGAAUUGGAAACUGAUUUUGGACUCAAACAGUUACAGUAUCGGUCAAUGGGUUAAUUUGGGAAUACUCUGGAGUGAGGCUCAAGGUCUUACAAUGCUGGUGGACGGAAUCAGUUACGGGAGUAGCGAUUAUCAGGGUCAUAAACUGUUCAAAGGACGUGCUGCUUCACCCUACGUGGUCCUCGGUCGUUUCAACACGGACGACGAUACCACGUGGCUAUCUCCGUUGGAUGCAAAUCAGAAAGAACAACAGCAACAAAAAAUCAGUCCGGAUGGAGGCGAGGUGGCCUGGGAAAUGGCGAAUUUCGCUCUCGGUGAAGUCACCUAUUUUGAACGUAUACUAACCCAAACGGAGUAUCGCAAACAGUUCGAACUACUGGGUUCGGCGCAGCUACGUUCCUUCACGGGAUAUCUGUGGUAUGGAGCGGACUUGGUCGAUCCGCCCGUCGUCUAUAUGACCGCUGCUGUGAAAGAUGAUCUACCUCAACCUGGCCCAAUAUUGCUCAAUCAACUCAAUUCAUCUGUCUUCGUACUACGGAACCCGCAAGCAGUGAAAAUUAUGGGCGAUACUAUAUUGCGUAUCGGACCGAUCCAGGCCGAUUCAUGUCCUGCGAAAUUGGACAACUGCAUCAAAGGUUUAAGCACUGGGGCAUGGAUACGUUUGGGUGGACCACGAUUCACACCGGCCCCGACUAACACUACACCAGUCCUGUUGCUCACUGGAAGCAAUGGUGAUUUCGGUAUUACAAUGCAACAGAACGGGCUCAAACUCGGUGCUUGGGUAUUUACCAGUCAAGGAAGUUGGACGUGUGCGGUAAACACUGUAAAUUUGGCAUCGGAAACAAUGAAUAUGCAGUGGAUUCAUGUCGCAUUUGUCUGGGGUCCACAGGAGGGUCAUCUGGAAUUUUCUCUUCAACUACUCCUAAACGGUCAAGUGCUUAACGCUUGUCCGAUGGAAGGCAGUACCUCUUCGGUACAAACCGAUACUAGCUGGAUCAAAACAGCCGCUGCAAGUGCGAAAGAACAGCACAGAAAGUAUUCAGUCCCAACUGGUCGAUAUAUUUUGAUGGAUUCAAAACAAUUGUACCUCGUCGGUUCCAACUUGUCAGUUGCCGUACUCGCUAUACAACCAACAACUCUAACCAAUACAGGUUUACUCUCUUUAUUGGGAGUAAGUUAUUUACAAUGGGUUAAAUUGCAAAGAUUCACAUUCUAUUGGACAUUCUCAGGAAUUCUACGUGAGCUAGCUCAAGAUCGGGCCACGCCUUACAUGAUUACUUACGGAAUGGACAAAGACGAUACACCUUUGGGGGCUUGGUGUACACAAGGUAUAUCCACUCGGUCGUACAUCACCCUGACCGGAGAUCUGAUCAGUACACAGUUGCGUACAAAUUUGGCCGGGGUCUGUUUGAUUGAUCCGAAAAAAUGCCGUGAAUACGCGUUUGUCAUUGAUUUCAAAUUGCUUUCAUCAAAUUGGAGUGGCACAUCCGAGAAGCAAUCGUACGAACUGUUCCGAUCCACACCACUGGGCGCGGACGAGGAUACGGUCGGAUUGGUCAUAUCGCUUCAACCGGCAAACAAUAUGCUCACUGUGGAUGUGCGUAACGAGAUACAACUAUUCAGCAAAUCGGUUCUAUUGAACUAUUUGGGCGGAUAUAACAGUUGGAUUUCGCUCGAAGUACUUUACUCCGAGACUGGGAUCAAAUUGCGUAAGAGUGGGCUCGUUCUGCCAACACUGGAAUCAGGAUCUACCGCACUCAGGAACAAUAAUCCAUUGUCAUCGACUGUGCGAGCCACAUUGAAUUUCAUUGUCGGACGAGAAGUUCCCGUUUGUGUCUCGUCUGUGGCCAUCCUAGAUGUGCCGGACGGUCAAAAUGCCGAAACUUUGAUGGACGGCCUCAGUUCCAGCUCAUGCUAUCCCGAAGUGGAUUAUAUCAAUGAACUGAAGGAUGCCAAUCCGGAUCAGAAUAAUCAAUCGGAAUCAGCAACGCAACUGGACGACUUGCAGGCAUCAAUCAGUAUUUCAACAGUGCCAUGUCUUUAUAAUCCAGACAAAUGUAGUUCGGGCACACUGAUCGCGUCCCUGUGGGCUCGUAUUGACGGUUUCAAAGACGCAUUUGGUCAGAAUGUAACAAUGGACGCGGAAACAAAUGUGAGUUAUUUACAAUCGAAGAAGCAUUGUUAA